AUGGAUACAUCGGAGAGCACAACAUGCGUCAGUUCAACCUCGCCUUUGCCCUCGGUGGGGACACAACCGGCGCAGGGCCGCGAGGUGGUCGAAUCAGCGCUCUCAAGAUUCAAAGCCACGCUGUCAGAUAAGCAACUCAGCGAGUUUCGGAAUACCACCUACGAUGAUGUAGAGCGUGAGAUAUUGCAGAUUCAGUCCAAGCAAGAGGUAAAUAAGAAUAUGGUCCAUCUCGCCCGGCUGCAGAUUGUUUUCGAGGUGCUUCCGCGAUUCGAGAACGCCAUCGAGGUGCUUUUCAAUACUGCAGACCUUGUUGCCUUUACAUGGGGCCCUAUCAAGUUUCUGCUUUCGGAGGCUAGCAAAUUCAUAUACUCUUUCGAGUGUCUAUUGGAUGCAUAUCAACAGAUCGGUGAACAGCUCCCGUUCAUUCACGAGUACGGAUCCAUGUUCAAUAAUACGCCGUUGAUGAUACAAACUCUCGGGCUGAUAUAUGUGAACCUCCUUGAAUUCCAUCAGUGGGCAAUUCGUAUCUUUUCGAGAAAGUUCUGGAAACAGCGCUUCCAUCCUCUGUGGACGAAGUUCGGCACAGAGACGGAUAGAAUAGUAAGGAGUCUCCGUGCAUAUAGAGACCAGAUCGAAACCCAGGCUGGUCUAAGCCGAAUCCAACGUUUCGAGGAAGAGCUUGGUGAUGCAAAGAGCAAACUCGGAGGGCAAGCAUCACAUGAACAGUUGAUAUACGAAGCCUCGUUGUUGCAGCAUCAGCCUCCAGCUUGGAAAUGGGACCACGAAGGAUACUGCGCAGUGCGGAAGGAAUUCCCCUCCACAUGUCGAUGGAUUUUGAAGCAUGAGUAUCUGGUGGAUUGGCUCAGCGCCAGUACUCCUAUGACCCCAAUCCUUUGGAUAAAUGGCAUUCCUGGAGCUGGUAAAACAAUUCUUGCGUCUGCUAUAAUCGAUGAAUGCAGAUCCCGUGAUUCGUCUGUGGCAAGUUACUUCUACUGUCACUGUGGCCAAGAAGCGGAGGCUGUUACUGUUCUGGCAGGCCUCCUCAUCCAGCUCAUAAGGCAUCUUCCGGAUACAUCCAGCAAUGAGCCCGUUCUCUCUUCCAUUACCAUGAUCAAACGCCUCUGGAAGGCGAUCGCAUUCAAGUUACCGAAGCAAUACAUCGUCGUUGAUGGUCUUGACGAGUGUGAGCCGGGACAACGGAAGGUGAUCGUAGAGUGUCUUUGGGAGCUGAUUAAUCACUGCUGCACCGAUGAGCCUGGACGAGUCCGUGUUCUGUUCGUGAGUCGGGACUAUGCCGAUAUCAGACGAACUUUACAUUCGGCUCCCAGACCGACUUUUCCGCCGAGAGAAAUUUCCAUUUCACCAGCAGACAACGAGGCCGACAUCCGCACAUACACGAAACAAUGGAUCGACAAGAUAGCGCGUAAAUAUGCUCCAUUAAUAGAGGACACGGUGGAGUAUCUCACAAAUCUAGCUGUUGCAAGAGCUCAAGGGAUGUUUCUGUAUGUCGAGCUAGUCCUGGAUGACCUCGAACUACAUCCCAGUCAACAAGAUCUUCUUGAUCGGAUCCAGCUCGACGAAUCUCCCCACGGAUUGGCACAGGUACAAUGGACAUGGAGGGAAAUUGGAUGCGCCUUGUCCAUGGAUGUCGACACAGAAACGAUCCACGACGCAUUGCGAGAUUGCAGAAAGCUUAUCUACGACAUCUCCCCCUUGACUCGAUCUAUUGGUGACCGGAUGGGUUUGGUUCACAGCUCCUAUACGAACGUGAUACAUAUACCCACGGUAGAGUGUGAGCUCUCAAUUCUCUGCCUGCGUUAUCUUACCUGGCCCUGCUUUAAACUUGAUGGAAACAUCAGCGAUAAUACUCUGAAGCAGUUCGCACUAGAGGGCCAUCUUGCCUUUCAAGAUUACGCCGUCGCCAACUGGUACAGGCAUUUGAACGCCUUCGUCGUGGCCGGAAAAGGAAGCCUCGACGUGCAACCCGGCCUUCUGAAUCAACUUUCCGUUGCGCUGGAUGGUUUCAUAUCACGAUAUCGAAAAGAACCCUGGGCCGCAAUUCCCGAAUGUCAAGAAAGCUGCAAGGUUUUCGCAAACCACCCCCUCCAUGAUGCCUUAGUUGUAGUUCUUAGCCACAUCUAUCUUUUUCAAAGGGGCUCCAGCCGCGGCCACGCAAUCAGCAUUCCGGACCUUGCCACGGCGCUAGAUCGUAAUCGGCGAGUACUCGAACAGCUGCCGCGGACCCUGCCACCCGAAGAACUUGCCAAAUUCCGUCAAUCCUACGACGACGAGAGGAGCUUCAAAUGCUCUUGCAUUACAUGCUUCUACUUCUCUGAGGGCUUUAAGGAUGAGGAGGCACGCAAGAGGCAUGAACUUCACUGCCCCGGACUUACCGCAGGAGACACCUCUGGACGUUUGGAAACUCCCUCUGAAGC